UUGAGACUACUUCAAAGUACCCACUAGGAUUUAUUUUGAGGAAAAAGAGUUCAAGAGGAAGGAGAGGGAAGAACACCCAUUGUAAGUCCACCCAAAGCCUUCCUUCGGAUUCUUCGUCAAGCCAUCGGCCCAACAAAAGGAAGCAAACUUCAUGGAAUUCGGGAAAAUAACUCGUCUUCAAGAAUGAGGAUGACAAUGGAAGCUGAGUUGGUGACGCCAGGACAAAUAUUAGGUAAAGCCUUACAGCUCAAAGCCGGAAAGGGGGCUUACGUUUCAACCGAGAAUGGCACCGUUUACGCUUCUGUUACCGGAUUCCGUUCUCUUAUACCACCGGCUUCUGACUUUGUUGACCAGAGAUCGACAGUCGAAGUUACUGGUCAUAAAGCCCAUGGAGCAGUUCCUCAGCCUGGUUCCAUUGUUUUUGCUAGGGUUACUAAGGUGAUGGCUAGAACAGCUUCGGCAGAUAUAGUGUGUGUUGAUUCCAAAUCUGUGCGUGAGAAAUUCACCGGCAUUAUUAGGCAACAAGAUGUCAGAGCAACUGAGAUUGACAAAGUCGACAUGCAUUUGUCCUUCCGGCCGGGUGAUAUUAUUCGUGCAUUGGUGCUAUCACUUGGAGAUGCACGAGCAUAUUAUCUGUCAACUGCAAAAAAUGAGCUGGGCGUGGUAUCUGCUGAAAGUGUGGCUGGCGGUACCAUGGUUCCAAUCAGUUGGACAGAAAUGCAGUGCCCUCUAACUGGUCAAGUAGAACCGAGAAAGGUGGCCAAAGUUGAAGCUUGAGUAGAUCGAAUCAGAUUGUGUUGCUCUCAAGUCUCAACUGCAAGCACUGUUUUCAUUUAAACUGGAAUACUGAUUUUUGCAGGAGGCAGCUGCCCAAUUUUGCUCUUGUAUUAUAUUUAGUGUUCGAUAGAUUUGCUCCUUUAUAUAUUUGUGUGUUAGCUUUACAUUUUGUUAGAAUGUAGAGGACUUUCUCCUUUCUGCCCACCAGGUGCUGGGGGUUAGUGUGGCGAUAUGAUAGUGUGUAGGUCAAGCUCAGUAAAGUAUUGUUUAUUUUGUAUUGAGCACUUUCAUCAGACCAUUUUUGAAUCUGUUACAUAUUGUUUGAGAGGUUACUACUUUAUGAUUGGAGGAAGUUAUAAGGUAAUGUGUUAGGGGUUGUUUGGUAAUUGGAUAAGAA